AUGUCUCUCCUCCGGCGGCUCUUCCGAGCUGCGCCCAACCCCAACCCAGCGCCACGACCGGUACGAACUCCGGUGUCGUUUGCGAUCCACGUCGGAGCGACGUUCAUUGCGAUCUAUUCUCUGUCUGCGCUGAUUGCGCACAAUUGGAUCUGGUACACGGCAAACGCCGGCCCCUCCAUGUAUCCGACGAUCGCCAGCGGGCUGUCAUACACGAUCUACUCUCGACGGCACAAGCGCGGGCGAAACAUCCAGAUUGGCGACGUGAUUCUGUUUGAGAAUCCCAUAUUCCUGCGCGGCAAGGCGUGCAAACGCGUCAUCGGCAUGCCCGGCGACUAUGUCGUGCGCGACCCGUCCCAGAGCCCGACGGUCGGCGGCGCACCGGUGCCUGGGAUCACCGAGGUCGACGACAACGACAACGACAACGACAACGGCCGCGUCCGAGAAGAGCCGACCCUCGUACAAGUCCCAGAAGGCCAUGUGUGGGUGGCCGGCGACAGUCUGUCCUAUAGUCGAGACUCGCGCUUCUAUGGGCCCGUGCCGAUGGCCUUGAUCGCCGGAAAAGCACUGUACAAUGGCGACGGGUGGUUCAGCUGGACUUCGUUUCGCACUCCGCAACUCACUCCGGUCCGAGGGCCUGGUGGGAUCGCCAAGGGACGGGUGAAGGGAGACCUUCCUUUGGAAGACACAACUCCAGGCUGA